AUGCAAUUAUUCCUAAAAUGUUUAGAUGGGAAGUAUCUGGCGAUUUGUACAUCUCUAGAAGAAACUGUUAAAAGCUUCAAAAAAAAAGUUUCAGAGAAAACUAAAAUUCCAAUUGAAGAAAUUUGCUUGAUUUCUCACUCAAAAAUCCUUACAGACUCUUUUCCACUGCAUUAUUACCAGUUACACCAUGGAGAAACAGUUUCGCUCCACCUGCCCUUAAAAGGAGGUGGAUGUGCAAAUUCAAAAUCCAAUAAGAAUACAGUAAAACCGAUCAUAAAAAAAUUAAUUGUUUCGACUUCUUGUGAAAAGAUCCCUAAUAUUGAUUUCGCUGCUGAAAAUACAUUUGGCAAAACACCUCAAAGUAAAGGGAACACUCAAGCCCGCUUCACAGAUAUUUCCCCAAAUCAAGCUGCAAGUGAAGAAUUUAAAGAUUUUGAAAUAAAAUCUCCAGAUUGCACCCCAAAAGAUCUCGACCCAAUUGAGGUGGAAAUCAGUCAGAUUAUAUGCUCCGAAAUUUUAGAAAAAUUUUUAUAUUCUAUGAGCCAAGAAUAUUUUAAACUUUUUUCAAUAAAAUAAAACAGUUAAAAUGGUAACAGUUGUCUUUUCUUCUAUAAAAUAUAGUAAAUGAUCUUAUCAGAAAAUUAGAAUAUUAUAUUAAUACGGAUACAAUGAAUAAACCAAGAAAUUGAGCUCCGUGAACAAAUAAUGCUUUAAUCCCCCCUCCAAAAAAUUUAUAUAUAAAUUUCAAAGGAAAAAAUUUCUUUUCGAAAUUUAUAAAAAAUCCUAAUUCGCAAAAAUUUGAAAGCAAAUACUUAUUUAAUUUGUAAAAUUUAUGUUUUAAAACGCAAUUUUUUUUAAAAUUAACAGAAUUAGCUCGAGAUUUCAAGAUACUAGCUAUAACUUAUAUAUAAAAUUUUUUCGGAAAAAAUUUUUUUUCGCUCACGGAAGAGGAGAGCUAGAGACUCAUUUCGAACUCUGAGUGUAAAAUCCAUCGAGCUUAUAGGAUCCCAGCUCAUUGAAACAAUUUUCCGAAUCCUCGUUGAAACUAUAAUACACCAAUCCAGCAUCGAUCGUUUGGUAGAAUCGUUAAUUAUUAACGAAAUCGAAGCAAAAAUCAGCACCACAAAGAACGUUGAUGAAAUCAAGAAAUUUCAAUCAAAAAUAAAAUCAAUUUACAACGAAAGACUGCAAGAGUUAAUUUAUGAAGAAAUCUUAGAAGCACAUAUAAACGAGCUCAAUCUUCAAAAAAUUUCAGAAAAUACCAUCAAAUCUUAUGAAUCUGGGAAAAGAAGAACCACUUUAGCUUCGAAAUCGUCAUUAAUUAAAGUAGACAGUGUAGAUGAGCCAGAAGACUACGUAAAUGAAGUUUUUACACCUGGAGAGCAUAGUCCUAAUGAAUAUUCGCUAAAUGAUGUACAGGAAGAAGAAAAAGUCGAAAAAAGUAUCGUCGAAAAUGAGAAAACAAAUACAAAAGCCAAAAAAAAUGGAGCAAAUUAUGCAGUUAAUUUAAAAACAAGCUGCGUUAUUGAAGUUAUUAAUGAAAGAAUUGAGAUAAGUGAAACAUUUUGCGACGAAAUCUUAGAGUUUGGGAAUAGACAGUGCUUAUUGUAUGGCCUUUUGAAUCUUUUUGGAGCUGUUCCAAAAAAUUCAAUUAUUUUAUCCCAAAAUGCUGCAGAUUAGAUUAGAUUAUGAGCUGUGCAUUUAUAGUCCCCACUUUCAAGACACAAUGCAUUUCACAGUGACAAGUCGUUGCGGGGUGGGCUAGGUCAAAACCCCCAGUUUCUCGGUAGUGGCAUUUCCUUUGGAUCUGAACGGAUUGGCAGGUUGAGCUUCGCCUUCCCCUCUUUUCCAAAUUAUCUCUGAGAAACAGCUCAACCCUUUGCGAGAUUCGGGGCUAAGCAGCCAAGUAGGCUAGGCAGGUAAGUCACCCUGACUCUUUCGGACACUGAGUCGUAGCCUCGGCGCUACUUGCAAAAAAUAUGCGAAAAACUGCUGCUCAGGUCAGGCCACAAAAUCAGCGGAAAUUGUGCUGGGACUCUCGCCUCGAGGCUUGCUCUUCCCGUGAUAAGCUCUCCGCACCCAAAAACAUGUCCGUACCGUACAUACAUAGGGACACCUGUCACCGACCAUUUUAUGUAUAUAAUGCUGCAGAUAUUCGCUUACAAAAUGAUACAACGAAUAUGCUAGAAAUUAUAAACUCAAUUGAUUCAUAUUCAUUUAUGAAUAUCACAGGAAAAGUCCUGCCAAAUAAGGCAGGAAACGAAAAAUUCCUUCGAGAAAACAAUCUCCCAGCAAAUUUAGCCUCCAAUGGAAAAUCAGCUAUUUCUAUAUUAGAUCUUUCUUUUCAAUGGAAAUCAAGCAGAGAUUUAGUUCAACCAAUUUUAGGUAAACCAAGGAGAUUUAUUAGUUUUGAGCCCAGUGACAUAGAGGUAUAUAAGUCGUAUAAUCUAGAAAUUUAUAAUGUCACGACUAGUCAGCCUCAUUUAAUAGCUAUUUUUAUACAGUCAGAAGACUUGAAAAAUGAGCUAAAAGGAUGGGCGAAGAGGAACAAAACUGAUCUUUAUAGCCAUUUUGAAGAUACUUUUAAAGAUUUCGGGGAAAAUGGUAAAAAACCUUCUGAAUUAUGGGUCCCAGCGUUUAGAAAACAAAUUAGUUAUGAUGUGCCGUGGAUUCAAGGGUAUGAAAUUCCUCCACAAGGAAAUAAAAAUAAUUUUCAAUUUGUAAAGAAAUGUAGAGAAACUAUAAAUCUUGAUUUCAGCACUAAAAAUCCGCCUCCAAAAGGAAACCAAACAAUCAAACAAAAAGGGAAGAUUUUAAAUAAAGAUUUUGUGUUUGGGCUGGCUUAUACAAAUUUAGAUAAAGAAUUUCACGGUCCUCUCUUUUUGUGUGUUGUCGAGCCGAAAGAUUUUGUCCCUGCAAACUAA